AUGUUUUUACUAUCGAUCGAUCAUGCAUGGUCUCAUGGACGUCUAAUUGACCCUCCAGGUCGGUCAACAGCUUGGAGAUUUGGAUUUUCAACACCAAUCAAUUACAACGAUAAUCAACUGUUUUGUGGAGGUUUUCGAGUUCAAUAUAAUUUGAAUUCCGGUAAAUGUGGUAUUUGUGGUGAUCCAUACAAUGGUUUAAGACUGAACGAGCUUCCCAAUGGACGUUAUGCCCGAUCCCUUGUAAUUACACGGAAAUAUAAGGUUGGGUCUGUGAUUAAAGCUUCUGUCCAACUAACGGCUAAUCAUAGAGGCUACUUUAUAUUCAAAUUGUGUCCAGCUACUAGUAAAGAUCGGGAAGUGUCCCAGGAUUGCCUUGAUUCUUAUCCAUUACAAGUAAUCAACUCAUCUUCACCUCAUCGCUAUUAUGUUUCUGAUAGGGAUUCCAGGAUUUUCAAUGUUACAUUAAAGCUUCCUUCUAAUCUUACCUGUCAACGGUGUGUUUUACAGUGGACAUAUGUCACUGGAAAUAAUUGGGGACGAUGUGAAGGUAGUAGAUUAUUCAGAGUUGGUUGUGGUCCACAAGAAACCUUCAGAGCUUGUGCUGAUGUUACAAUUAAAGGAAACCUUGUGAACAACAAUGUCACCUCUACCACAAAAUCACCCAUAAUUAAUGUUUUAACUUCUUCAAAGCUGAAACCCAAAUUGAAAGACUUGGAACCAAUAGUUAAUCAAACGACAACAACCUCGUCAUCUGUAUAA